GCCCCCGCCCCCGGCUCGGUGCGCACGCCCGCGGCCAGGGCGGCUCGAGUCCCGAGCGAUCCCCAGCCAGUCCCGGCGGCCGCCGCCUCCCAGACCGGACGACAGGCCAGCACCGGAGUCCCCGCCUCGCCGCUGCCGCCACCGCCAGCGCGCACGGCCGCCCGACUCCUUCCCGGACUAAUUGCGGAGACCCGGAGCGAGCUCCUGGGGGCAGCGAUGCGACCCUCCGGGACGGUGGGAGCCGCGCUCCUGGUGCUGCUGGCUGCGCACUUCCCGGCGGGGCUGGCGCUGGAGGAAAAGAAAGUUUGCCAGGGGACCAAUAACAAGCUGACGCAGCUGGGCACUUAUGACGACCACUUCCUGAGCCUCCAGAGGAUGCUGAACAACUGCGAGGUGGUCCUGGGGAACCUGGAAAUCACCUACAUGCAAAGGGAUUACGACCUUUCCUUCCUGAAGACCAUCCGGGAGGUCGCCGGCUACGUCCUCAUUGCCCUCAACGUGGCGGAGAAGAUCCCUCUGGAAAACCUGCAGGUCAUCAGAGGAAACGUGCUCUUAGACAACACGCACGCCUUGUCCGUCUUGUCCAACUACGGAGCCAACCACACGGGCCUGCGGGAGCUGCCCAUGAGGAGCCUGCAGGAAAUCCUGCAAGGCGCCGUGCGAUUCAGCAACAACCCCACCCUCUGCAACAUGGACACCAUCCAGUGGCAGGACAUCGUCGACAGCAGUUUUCUGGGCAACAUAUCGACGGACUUUCAGAACAAACCAUCCAGCAGCUGCCAAAAGUGUGAUCCAAGCUGCCCCAACGGGAGCUGCUGGGGUGCGGGAAAGGAAAACUGUCAGAAACUGACCAAAAUCAUCUGUGCCCAGCAGUGUUCAGGGCGCUGCCGCGGCAAGUCUCCCAGCGACUGCUGCCACAACCAGUGUGCCUCCGGCUGCACAGGGCCCCGCGAGAGCGACUGUCUGGUGUGCCGCAGGUUCCGGGACGAGGCCACGUGCAAGGACACCUGCCCGCCCCUCAUGCUCUACAACCCCACCACGUACCAGGUGGACGUCAACCCCGACGGCAAAUACAGCUUUGGCGCCACCUGCGUGAAGAAAUGUCCCCGUAACUACGUGGUGACAGACCACGGGUCGUGCGUCCGGGCCUGCGGCUCGGACAGCUACGAGGUGGAGGAGGACGGCGUCCGCAAGUGCAAAAAGUGUGAAGGGCCCUGUCGCAAAGUCUGUAACGGAAUAGGCAUCGGAGAAUUCAAGGACACCCUUUCCAUAAAUGCCACGAACAUCAAACACUUCCAGAACUGCACGUCCAUCAGUGGAGACCUUCACAUCCUGCCGGUGGCUUUUCGGGGUGACUCCUUCACACGCACGAAGCCUCUGGACCCAAAGGAGCUGGACAUUCUCAAGACUGUAAAGGAGAUCACAGGGUCUUUGCUGAUCCAGGCCUGGCCGGAGAACAGGACGGACCUGCACGCGUUCGAGAACCUAGAGAUCAUACGUGGCAGGACGAAGCAGCAUGGCCGGUUUUCUUUCGCGGUUGUCGGGCUGAACAUCGCAUCCUUGGGGCUACGCUCCCUGAAGGAGAUUAGCGACGGAGACGUGGUGAUUUCGGGCAACCGCCACCUGUGCUAUGCAGAUACUGUAAACUGGAAAAGGCUCUUUGGGACCUCGAGUCAGAAAACCAAGAUCGAAAACAACAAAAACAAAGAAGACUGCAGGGCCCAAGGCCACGUCUGUAACCCGCUGUGCUCGUCCGAGGGGUGCUGGGGCCCGGGGCCCCGGGACUGCAUGUCUUGCCGAAACGUCAGCCGUGACAAGGAAUGUGUGGAGAAGUGCAACAUUUUGGAAGGCGAGCCCAGGGAGUUCCAGGAGAAUUCCGAGUGCAUCCAGUGCCAUCCGGAGUGCCUGCCGCAGCCCAUGAACGUGACCUGCACAGGACACGGACCGGACAAGUGCGUACAGUGUGCCCACUACAUCGAUGGCCCUCACUGUGUCAGCACCUGCCCGGCUGGGGUCAUGGGCGAAAACAACACGCUGGUCUGGAAGUUCAAGGACAGCAAACACGUCUGCCACCUGUGCCAUCCAAACUGUACCUACGGCUGCAAGGGACCGGGUCUCGAAGGAUGCACCCUAGACAGGCCCAAGAUCCCAUCCAUCGCCACGGGCAUCGUGGGCGGCCUCCUCUUGGUGCUGGUGGUGGCCCUCGGGGUGGGCCUGUUCCUGCGCAGGCGCCACAUCGUCCGGAAGCGCACGCUGCGGAGGCUGCUGCAGGAGCGGGAGCUCGUGGAGCCCCUCACGCCCAGCGGAGAAGCGCCCAACCAAGCUCUCCUGAGGAUCUUAAAGGAAACAGAAUUCAAGAAGAUCAAGGUGCUGGGCUCCGGUGCGUUCGGCACCGUGUACAAGGGGCUGUGGAUUCCAGAGGGCGAGAAGGUGAAAAUCCCUGUGGCCAUCAAGGAAUUAAGAGAAGCCACAUCUCCGAAAGCCAACAAGGAAAUUCUCGAUGAAGCCUACGUGAUGGCCACCGUGGACCACCCCCACGUGUGCCGCCUGCUGGGCAUCUGCCUGACCUCCACGGUCCAGCUCAUCACGCAGCUCAUGCCCUUCGGCUGCCUGCUGGACUACGUCCGCGAGCACAAGGACAACAUCGGCUCCCAGUACCUGCUCAACUGGUGUGUGCAGAUCGCCAAGGGCAUGAACUACCUGGAGGACCGGCGCCUGGUGCACCGGGACCUGGCGGCCAGGAACGUCCUGGUGAAGACGCCGCAGCACGUCAAGAUCACGGACUUCGGGCUGGCCAAGCUGCUGGGCGCGGAGGAGAAAGAGUACCACGCGGAGGGAGGCAAAGUGCCCAUCAAGUGGAUGGCUUUGGAAUCUAUUUUGCACCGCAUUUAUACCCACCAAAGUGACGUCUGGAGCUACGGGGUCACCGUUUGGGAGCUGAUGACCUUUGGGUCCAAGCCUUACGAUGGAAUCCCGGCGAGUGAGAUCUCGACCGUCCUGGAGAAAGGAGAGCGCCUCCCGCAGCCACCCAUAUGCACCAUCGACGUCUACAUGAUCAUGGUCAAGUGCUGGAUGAUAGACGCAGACAGCCGCCCCAAAUUCCGGGAGCUGAUCAACGAAUUCUCCAAAAUGGCCCGAGACCCCCAGCGCUACCUCGUCAUCCAGGGCGACGAGAGGAUGCACUUGCCCAGCCCCACCGACUCCAACUUCUACCGCGCGCUGAUCGACGAGGAAGACAUGGAGGACGUCGUGGACGCGGACGAGUACCUCAUCCCGCAGCAGGCCUUCUUCCACAGCCCCUCCACGUCCCGGACGCCCCUCCUGAGCUCCCUGAGCGCAACCAGCAACAACUCCACUGUGGCGUGCGUUGACAGAAAUGGGCAGACCUGUCCCCUGAAGGAAGACAGCUUCUUGCAGCGGUAUAGCUCAGACCCCACCGGCGCCUUGACUGAGGACAACCUCAAUGGCACUUUCCUCCCAGCGCCAGAAUACAUAAACCAGCUGGUUCCCAAGAGGCCCGCAGGCUCUGUCCAGAACCCCGUCUACCACAAUCAGCCUCUCCAUCUGGCUCCCGGCCGAGACCCUCACUACCAGAACCCCCACAGCAACGCCGUGGGCAACCCCGAGUAUCUCAACACUGCCCCUCCUCCCAACGUCAACGGCGCCCCCGACGGCCCCGCCCUCUGGGGGCAGAAAGGCAGCCACCAAAUUAGCCUGGACAACCCCGACUAUCAGCAGGACUUCUUCCCCAAGGAGGCCAAGUCCAACGGCAUCUUUAAGGGUCCGACAGCGGAAAACGCAGACUACCUGAGGGUAGGCCCCCCGAGCAGCGAGUUUAUUGGAGCGUGACCGUAGAGGGAGCGGCAGCCAUCACAACCCCAGACUCUGUGGCCCCCAGGACCGGCCGCGCAGCCGCGCCCGUCCCCACCGCUCUGCCCGCACGGGUCCUGGACCCCCGGACUGGUUUGGCCGUGUCUGCUCUGAUCGCCUCAUCUUUCAGCCAGGCAGCGCCCCCUCCUCAGACGUACUUUGGGAAGCUGCUGGGACAUCCCUUUGUCUUCAAACUGGGAGGCUUCCGCGGAAGGCACCCAGGGAAGAAUGUUGUCCGUUUGGACCGAAGUUCAUUUUUUCAAGGAGGUAUAUUUGAGGGGAAAAAACAGCAUAUAUAUGGAGUUUUAUUGCUUGGGGACCUUUGGGGUUUUCAGCUGUCUCUAUUGAUUCUGAAUGGGCUUCUCCAACGAGGAGGAAGCGUGCCCGUACCCUACCCUCGCUACCCUGAGUUGAGGGAGCCCAACCGGGACCAAGAAGCAAGGGCCAGUCUUCCAGCUAACACUCGAUCGGCACAUUGGCUCUGCUUCCAGACCUUCCACUGCCAGGCAGUUCAGACAAGAAGGCCUCCAUGACCUGCUCAGGCCUGACGGUCACAGCGUCCGGUCAUGGCAGGUACGGAGGAUAAGCCACUUGGACCCCUUUCUGGGCCAGGAGGGACCAGAGGGGUUAGAAUUCCUCGUCAGACUUAACUUUUAUACAGGUAUCUCCACGGUACUUGCUCUCCACUGGUUGGCCAGUGUUUUCUAACUAUGAGCAUUGAGACUUCCUUGUGUAUUUUGCAUUCCAGUUUUUGAAACCCAGCCUGGUUCCCUGCCCUCCCCCGCCCCGCCCCCAGUAGAGGAGAUGGUACGGCAAAUGAUAACCUAGAUAGGGCCUGUUUAAGUCAGCGGCCUUCAGACCCAGAGCCUUAACUCAGACGCAGAAGGUCAGACACGAACCCAUCCCCCCAGAUAUGAGUCUCAGGAAAUCCAUCGAGUCCUUUGGGGACCAAGGCGGGGCCGGAGGGAACACAUAAUCCAUAGACUGCAGAAACGAAGCUGUGCUUAAAACUUGUGUAACAUCCGCCCCCCCCCCCAAAAAAAAUUAGCUUAGGCUACUCACAGAAGAUAAUUUUUAUUUCAUUUUAGAAGUUUUCUACUCGAAGGGUACUUUGUUCUUCCCUGGCAAGCUGUCCUCAAAGUUUCCCCCUCCCCCACCCCAUUGUCCUGUGUCAAUACAAGGACCCAGGCUCGGAGGCAACUGCUUACAGCCGCUUACAGCCAUGUUUUACAGGAGGAAGUGAAGGUGACGUUUUGUACAGGGUGGAAUUCCCGUGGUAAAUAGGAAUUUGGAGUGUGAAAUUGGUGAUGAUGCCUUUGCAACAUCGACAGGUAUAUUAGCAGAAAAAUAUUUUUCUUCCUAAAAAAGAUGUCUCUCCAGCUGGAGGGGGGCCCAGGUAGGCAGGAGGCUAACUUCUCUCACCUGCGUGGCCCUGCGAGGUGACCUAACGGCGGUGGUGGUCUGCGCACUUCGUCAACGCCCACCCCGUCCUUGGGUCCAGGCAGGCCCCCUGCCAGUGACCUCUGCGGCCCGUGGACGGGUUCGACCACCUAGUAGUUGGUCUCGAUGGAAAUGUAAACUAUAUUCAAGGUAACUCCGUCACAUUCUCACACACUCUUGAGCCCCUGUGCCAACCAGCCCAGCCAGGGUUCUAAAGGUACAGAAAUAAAUAUAACACCCCCCACCCCGAUUCCACGAAGCUUACCGUACGGCAAAGGAAAUGGACCAGCAAAUACUAGAUGGAGAACAAUGUGACGAGUGUGCUGGCACAGCAGAGAGCAGGCGGGCCAGGGUCCUCUGGGGGGGCACGAGGCUCCCCCAGGACUCAGAGGGGCCUGACGGGGUGCAGGGUCCGAGGCAGGAGGAGGUGGAAGGUGACCCCUGGCGGCGGGUGCCCAGCCGACACCUGCGCCAGAGCAUGGCUGGUCGGGCGCGCCUGCGGCCCCCCACACCUGGGAUGUCCGCGGGCCUUGGCCCCCAGGUCCCACCUUGGGGCAGCUGCGUCCCCACCAGGAAUUUUAAAAUGACUCGUGAGGUGAUCAGACAACAUUUCUAAGAAUCUGCCAUUUUACGCCGUUCAGUCGCUUUUAUUCUUGGUUCGCCUCGAACGUCAGUGUUUUAGUCAGCUGUUGAUGCGGCGCUGGGAAGCAAGACCUCACAUUCCACCGUCACUUUUACUUGCCAAAAAGCAGGUGAUUGGCGAGGGAGGGUGCCCGCCCCCGUCACAUUGUAGCAGUUAAAUCCUAGUAUUUUUGUCAUUUGAAAUAGUUUACUAUAACGUAAUAAAACAGCCAAAACUAUGCAAGCUGUUGCUUCUCCUUUGGAUCUCAGUUUUCCUGCAUGAAACCUAGCUGCCAAAUUCUCUCACGGUUGGGUUUCUCACCCCGUCUGCUCAGGAAGGGGCCGGGGGGCUUGUCGGCGCCCCCGAGCCUGGGAGAGCGGAGCCCCUGGGCUCUCACAGUGGCCGGUCAGGAGAAGGACCCCCGGGGGCCAUGUUCUCCCUGACGGGCCAGGUCCCAAAGCUCCCUCCCAGCCCGUCCUGAGUCCCUGCCGAGAGCCGGACCGCGGCUGCCUCUCCCUGGGUCUGUCCCGGCGCCUUGCCCACAGCCCAGCCCCCGCUGCAGCCCUGGGACACAGAGGAAGAGCUGGGUGCUAGCAACGCCUGCGAUGGGUCCCCGCCCUCGCGCACCGCCUCUCGAUUAACCGUAGGGCGGUCCUAUGGCCACACUCGGUGAAGAAGACUUCUGUCACCUCCUGAAGGGCAGCGGAGAUGAAUCUUCAUGGCUUAGGUGUUUGUUGAAAGUUCUUCGUUGGGGGCUUCAUGCCCACCCCCCACGCUGCAGGCGGAAGGGCACCGGGGAUUGUCCAAGCCCACGAAGGCGCUGGUCCUCCCGCUCGGCUGCCCUGUGACCCCCCGAGGUCCCAACCGAGAAGGCUAGAUCGUGGUGUCUCAGGGGCAGCCCGGGCCCAGGGACUCUCCCAAGCUCUCCCAGGCUAUUCUGGGGACCCCUGGGGGGAAGGAAAGUUCUGUGGGGGGACCCGGCCCUCGGCUGAUAGGCUGCCACCACAGGCUCACUGGCCACAAGCCUCCAGUUGCCCAAGCAUCAUAGGAGGCUCACAGAUGACGGUCUAAAGGUCCCCACCCUCCCUGCCCCCUAGAGAUGCCUGGGGAGUUUGAAGGGAAGAGGGCCGGGGUCCCCUCAGAUUUCAUCAAAAUCUCAGGGGCUGCCCAUGGGAUUCAAAUGGCAAGCAGAGUUGAAACCCUCAUUUCCAAGGCCCCCCUCGGCUGUGCUAGUCCCCCGGCCAUCUGCUCCAAGUCCCCAGGUCAAGGCAGCAUAGAGCACCCCGCCCGCAGGGAAGACCCCCAGAGGCAGCGGACGGGCCAAUUUGCAAUCUCCAAUGAGCCCGAGAUACGGCCUUGAUGCCUCCAAUUCCAACAGCCUCCAAUUCCCUGUCCCAGCAGCUAACGUUCCCUGAGAGAGGCCAGUCCCCGGGUGAGAGCCUUGCUGAGCCCGUGGACCGGGUGCAUUUUCUAAGAAGCGAGUUAGAAACGCAGUCCCCUCCACCAGCAAUGAGGGGCUCACCCCAGGGGACGGCUGUAGAAGCGGCCUUACUGUCCACUCUGCAUUCUCUCUUUUCAGAAGCGCACGGUCAGAAGCCGCGGUCACAAUGUGGUCACUUCCCGUCUGGGGCCGUAGCUGACCAGAAACCUGCCCCCAACCCCACGCCAUAGGAGGGGCGCAUACCUUUGUACUAGAGUUUUUUCAUGUAAAUCUAUUUUUGUAACUUUUUGGAGGAAUAUUAUCCUUUUAUGUAGCACUGAGCUUUGUAAGGUGUAUUUUAGGAGAAGUCCUUUUUUCUACAAAAGGAAAUAGUUUACUUUAGAAAGGUUGCAAGAGAACCACAAUUUGAAACCGAAAUCUUUGUUUGCUUGCUGUUUGUUCAUUGAAUCAAGAGCAAAGGCUCUCUCACAAUGUCAUUGCAGAGCUAAGCAUAGGUGGCUAACCUGAUGAAAAUGAAAAUUGGAUUUUUAUGUUUAUGGGGGGGAGGUGGAAAAGCACAUUUAGCUGAGUCUGGGUGUAAAGCAGUUUUUGUUGAGUCUGUUUGUGGCUGUUAUCAGAAGAGAAAGCCUCUCUGUUAUCACUCAUAGACAGAUCCAACUGUGGACCAUCCCCCACCCCUCUGCAAAUAUGAUCCUGGAAACAAACAAACAAAAAAGCAAUAACAGAGCAUUUUGUUGCAAAUUAUUUUUAUUGGUAUGUUUACAGUUGACAUGCAUUCAGUGCAAACGGUUGUAUUUGUGUAUUUACAAUUGAUAUGCAUUGACCAACACGGGCUAGAGAAUCUUCAGGGCCUUAAGGAUUUGGAUGCUCCCCGUACCGAUGAGGCCACCAACAGCCUCAGCAUCCUGAGCAUGGCCGCCCGCGGCAGGCGGCUCUCAGCCCACUGCGGGUGAAGUCGCCGGCAGCUCUGCAGUCAGGGCGAGCUGCACCUCAGAAGAGUUCAGUACAAAUCCCGAGGGGUGAGUCCCAGAAUUUGUACUCUUUCAAGCUCCAGAGUCCUGAGGUAGAGCCGAGGCUGAGAACCGGCACCUGGGGAUCCACCGCAGGUGUGUGCGUUUGCAGGCAAAUUCCGUUCACGCAGGGACCUCAGGACGGAGUGCACGCUGGGCCACGAAGACUUCAGCGCCCUUCCCGGGUGUCAGGGGCCGGGACGGACGCAGGUCCCAGGGCAGGUGCUGGAGCGUUAGAGGGGCGGGGGUGUAACCGGUGCUGAAAAGGAAGGAGAGGGAGAACAGGCACCUUGUGUCCACUUUCUCUGUUUAAAAAAAUGGACUGGUGUAAAAUACAGACAGAGAGCAUUCCUGCCAGGGUGCGAGCCGCCCUCCUUCUGCAACCGCGUCGCCUUCCUUCCCAGGCAGAAGAGAACGUGAACUUACUGAAGGGCAGACGUCCACAGCACUGCCUGAGCGGCUGGAUGGCUUCUAUAAAAAGGAUUCUUGCUUUAAGAAACAUUUUAAUAUCCUUUCGUAAACUAUAUCUGGGAUGAAAACAACAAGCAAUGUGUGUGGUUUUCUCUUCCAUUGGUGGCACAGGACGCAAGUCCCCCGGCAGAAGUACUGAGGGUCCCCGCCCUGUCCCGGGGCAGAUACAUUUCUACAUGUAUUUUUAUUUUUAAGAAAAAGAAACCUUUUGACUUAACUUGGCUACAAAAUAAUCAUGCUGUAUAAUACAAUCUCCUGGAAAUGAAGAGACCCCAUGGGUUAGAGGUGACAAUGUAACUCAGUAGCUGAACAGACAGCAAUAACUUCCUUGCGAAACAGGCAAAAUAGUUCUCCAGCCUCUAGAUACGGUACACUUUAACAUUGUAAAUGUUUGCUGUGACAAAAGCAAUGUUUGUACCAAUGAAAAGCAAGGUUCUCUUUUGUGCGGUUUACACAUGGGAUCAGAACAUGUUGAUUGUAUGUUGAGUGUUAAACAAUUAGAUGUAUAUCGUUCAUUGUUCUUUAUUCAUAAGUACCUUGUAAGAAUAAUAUUGUAUUCUUGGUUAACAAUGUUGGUAUUGGUUAUUGAUCAUAUCUGACCUACUGUAGAUGUUCUUU